AUGCCUAUCACUGGGUUAAAUUAUUCUUACCAUCUAGAAAGAGAAAGUCGAUACAAGAUGCCAGCAGCUAGUUUUGGCAGUUUGUCGUCACUGCCAGCAAAUGGUGAUUGUGGCAUUAAAGAUGUAUGGAAUCAUAAUCUUCAUGAAGAAUUUCAAAUAAUCAGACAGGUUGUACAGAAAUAUCACUGGGUAGCAAUGGAUACAGAAUUUCCUGGUGUAGUUGCAAGACCUAUUGGAGAAUUCAGAUCCACAGCAGACUAUCAGUAUCAGCUGUUAAGAUGUAAUGUAGAUUUGUUAAGAAUAAUACAACUUGGUCUCACAUUUAUGGAUGAAAAUGGAAAGACUCCUCCAGGAUAUACAACAUGGCAGUUCAAUUUUAAAUUCAACUUGCAAGAAGAUAUGUACGCACAAGACUCGAUUGAUUUAUUGCAAAAUUCUGGAUUACAAUUCAGAAAACAUGAGGAAGAUGGUAUUGAACCUUUGGAAUUUGCAGAACUGCUUAUGUCUUCUGGAUUGGUACUAAUGGACAACAUAAAAUGGCUCAGUUUCCAUUCUGGAUACGACUUUGGGUACCUCCUGAAAUUAUUAACAGAUCAAAAUUUACCACAAGAUGAAAAUGACUUCUUUGAAAGUUUACGACUUUAUUUCCCUACGGUUUAUGAUGUAAAGUAUUUGAUGAAACUUUGUAAGAACUUGAAAGGUGGUCUCCAAGAAGUGGCUGAUCAACUAGAAUUGCGACGAGUGGGACCUCAACAUCAAGCAGGAUCAGACUCGCAUCUAACUGGAAUGGCUUUCUUCAAAAUCAAAGAGAUAUUUUUUGAUGACAACAUUGAAAGUUCAAGCGGGCAUCUAUAUGGAUUAGGUGCUCCUUUUUCAGUAAAUACAAAUAACUUUCAAGACAACGGUGAAAAUGGAAAUUCUUCC